GUUAUUUUUAACCGCGCAGGGUGGGUCAGUCGGGAAUGAGCGUGGAGCGCACGGCGGCUCCAGCCUUCCAGCCCCUCGCCCCCCGCGCUGUGGACACCUCGGCCCGCUCUCACCCGGACCCCGGUGCGAUUCCCUGGGAUUAUAAUUGGUUUGUUGGCACGGAGCAGCCGCAGCACAAACACUGCGGGAGACGGGACGACUUCCAGAAGCGAACCACCUCCGGUAUCCCACGUCCAUCCUGACACUUCUUCCCCCCCGCUCAUCUCCCUCGCCACCCAGAGCACCUGAGGACGCCGGCCGCCGACCCCCCCCCGCCUGCCCGCUCGCUCGCCACGCUGGCCACCGCCAUGACUUCCACCACAGACUUUGACAACGCGGAGAUCUCGCAGCAGUACAGCCACAUCAACACCCGCUUUGACCUCCGUGACGAGGAACUAGACAAUGACAACUGCUCGGCCCGGCUGUUCGAGCGCUCACGCAUCAGGGCCCUCGCAGAUGAGCGCGAGGCGGUGCAGAAGAAGACCUUCACUAAAUGGGUCAAUUCCAUCCUGUCCCGGGUCGGCUGUCGCAUCUCCGACCUCUACCUGGACCUGCGGGACGGACGCAUGCUCAUCAAACUGCUGGAGGUGCUGUCCGGUGAACGACUGCCGAAACCCACUAAAGGCCGGAUGCGUAUCCACUGUUUGGAGAACGUGGACAAGGCGCUGCAGUUCCUCAAAGAGCAGAGGGUCCACCUGGAGAACAUGGGUUCCCACGACAUCGUCGACGGCAACCACCGGCUCAUCCUCGGCCUCAUCUGGACCAUCAUCCUGCGCUUCCAGAUCCAGGACAUCGUCGUGGAAACGGGCCAGGCGGACCAGAAGGAGACGCGCUCGGCCAAGGACGCUCUUCUUCUGUGGUGUCAGAUGAAAACUGCAGGAUAUCCCAACGUCAACAUCACAAACUUCACCACCAGCUGGAAAGACGGCAUGGCCUUCAACGCUCUCAUACACAAACACCGGCCCGAUCUGGUGGAGUAUAACAGUCUGAAGAAGUCCAACCCGACCCACAACCUCCACAGCGCCUUCAACGUGGCAGAGCAGAAGCUCGGCGUCCACAAACUGUUAGACCCUGAAGAUGUGUUCACAGAGAACCCAGACGAGAAGUCCAUCAUCACGUACGUCGUGGCAUUCUACCACUACUUCUCCAAGAUGAAGCAGCUCGCCGUCGAGGGCAAGAGAGUUGGAAAGGUUCUGGAUCACGCCAUCGAGACAGAGAGGACGAUUGACAAGUACGAGACGCUGGCGUCGGACCUGCUGACGUGGAUCGAGCAGACCAUCAUCGUUCUGAACAACAGGAAACUCGCCAACUCUCUGACGGGAGUGCAGCAGCAGCUUCAGGCCUUCAACACGUACCGCACCGUCGAGAAGCCGCCCAAGUUCCAGGAGAAGGGAAACCUGGAGGUGCUGCUCUUCACCAUCCAGAGUCGAAUGAGGGCCAACAACCAGAGGGUGUACACGCCCAAAGAGGGAGCCCUGGUGGCGGACAUCAACAGAGCGUGGGAGCGUCUGGAGAAGGCGGAGCACGUUCGGGAGCGCGUCCUCAGAGACGAGCUGAUCAGACAGGAGAAGCUGGAGCAGAUGGCGAGAAGGUUCGACAGGAAGGCGGCCAUGAGGGAGACGUGGCUCCUGGAGAACCAGAGACUCGUGGCUCAGGAUAACUUUGGUUACGAUCUGCCGGCCGUGGAAGCAGCCAAGAAGAAGCACGACGCCAUCGAGACGGACAUUGCGGCGUACGAGGAGCGCGUCCAGGCCCUCAUGGUCAUCUCGAAGGAGCUGGAGUCGGAGCGCUACCACGACGCCAAGCGGAUCGACGCGUGGAAAGACAACAUCCUGCGUCUGUGGGACUACCUGCAGGAGCUGCUGAGGGCUCGUGGCGGGCGGCUGGAUAAGAACCUGACCCUGCAGAGGAUCUUCCAGGAGAUGCUGCACAUCAUCAGCUGGAUGGACGACAUGAAGGCUCGGCUGCUGUCUCCAGACUUCGGGAAACACUUGCUGGAGGUUGAAGACCUGUUACAGAAACAUGCCUUGGUAGAGAAUGACAUCGCCCUGCAGGCAGAGCGGGUGCACAACGCCAGUGCUGCCGCUCUCAAGUUUGCAAAUGGAGAAAGCUACAAGCCAUGUGAUCCCCAGGUGAUCCGGGACAGGGUGCAGCACCUGGACCUGUGCUACCAGGAGCUUUGCGCCCUGGCGGCCCAGCGAAGGGCUCGCCUGGAGCAGUCCCGCCGCUUCUGGUACUUCCUGUGGGAGGUGACGGAGCUGGAGAGCUGGAUCAGGGAGAAGGAGCAAUUAUUCUCAUCCCUGGAUUACGGCAAGGACCUGACGAGCGUGCUGGUGCUGCAGAGCAAACACAACGCCUUCGAGGACGAGCUCGGCGCCCGGCGCGGCAACCUCGAACAGAUCCUCGCCGAGGGAGAGAAUAUGAUCCAGGCCAAGCACUUUGGUUCCCCCAAGGUUCAGGAAUGCAUGGACGACAUCGGGAGGCAGUGGCAGCAGCUGGAGGAGCUGGCGGCGUUCCGGAAGCAGAACCUGCAGGACACUCAGAGGUUCUUCCAGUUUCAAGGAGACGCUGAUGAGCUCAAGGCCUGGCUGCUGGACGCCAAGAGGCAGAUGAGCAUCGACGACGUGGGACACGACGAGUACACCACGCAGCGGCAGCUCAAGAGGCACAAGGACCUGAGGAACGAAGUGAUCAAGAGCGGAGCCACCAUCGACGCUCUAUCAAAACAGGCCAAUGCCCUGCCAGAGGAGCUACUGAACACCCCUGACAUCCAGAGACGUCUCAAAGACAUCAAGGACCUGUUCAUGGAACUCAUGUCUCUGGCUGACCUGAGGCAGAAGAAGCUCGAUGACACCAUGGCCCUGUACACCAUCUUCAGCGAGACGGACGCCUGCGAGAUCUGGAUGGGCCAGAAGGAGACGUGGUUGGUGGGAUUGGAGGUGCCGGAGAAGUUGGAGGAUCUGGAGGUCGUACAGAACAGGUUGAGCAUUCUAGCUCAAGAUAUGGCAAACGUUCAGUCGAGAGUCGAUGACGUCAACAAAGCUGUGAAGCAGCUGGAGGACAGCAGACACCCUCGCACCAAGGAGGUUAAAGAAUGUCAGACACGACUGAAUACGAGGUGGGAGGCCUUCAAGGCCAUGGUGGAGGACAAGAAGAGGAAGGUGGACUCUGCCGUCAGUCUGCACAGCUACAGGCUGGACUGUGACGAGACAGAGGCCUGGAUCAAAGACAAGACGCGGGUGAUCGAGUCCACACAAGACUUGGGCAACGACCUGGCCGCUGUCAUGACCAUCCAGAGGAAACUGUUUGGCAUGGAGAGAGAUUUGGCCGCCAUCAAUGACAAGCUGAUCUUCCUGAGGAAAGAAGCUGACCAGCUGGCCCAGGAUCACCCGGAGAACGCAGCCGACAUCUUGGCCCGCAGAGGAGAACUGGACGACGCCUGGGACGCGCUGAAAAAGACCCUGAAGGACAGGGAGGACUCCUUGGGUGAGGUCAGCAAGUUACAGACCUUCCUCCAGGACAUGGACGACUUCCAGUCCUGGCUCUUCAAGACCCAGAAGGCCGUGGCUUCGGAGGAAAUGCCCGCCACGCUGCCGGAGGCCGAGGAGCAGCUCAGCCUCCACGAUGCGGUGCGCGAGGACAUAAACAACCACGAGGAGGACUACCACCGCGUGAAGGACACCGGUGCGCAGGUCAUGCACGGUCAGGAGGACGACCCUCAGUACCAGCAGCUGGAGCAGAGGCUGAAAGGCAUGGACCAGGGCUGGUACGAGCUGCAGAAGAUGUGGGACAGUCGCAAGAACUUCCUGGACCAGGGUCUGGGCUUCCAGCAGUUCAUGAGAGACGGCAAGGCUGUAGAGGCCAUCCUCAACAACCAGGAGUACACGUUGGCCUACAUCGACAAGCCCGACACGCUGGCCGGCGCAGAGAAAGCGCUGAAGAAGCAUGAGGACUUCCUGAGCACCAUGGAGGCCAACGAGGACAAGAUCGACGGCGCCCUGCAGGGCGGACAGCGGCUGGUGGACAGUAACAACCUGUACUCCGGGAAGGUUCAGGACAAAAUGGUCUCCAUCAUUGACAGGCGCGACAAGAACAAAGGAAGAGCCCAGGAGGUGUCCGAAAAACUCAGAGAUAACCGCGACCUGCAGCACUUCCUGCAAAACACUCAGGAUCUGACUCUGUGGAUCAACGAGAAGAUGCUGACGGCUCAGGACACGUCGUACGACGAGGCCAGGAACCUCCACAGCAAGUGGCUGAAACAUCAGGCCUUCAUGGCCGAGCUGGCCUCCAACAAGGACUGGCUCAACAAAGUGGACCAGGAGGGUCAGGAGCUGAUGGAGUUCAAGCCGGAGUUCGAGCCCAUAGUGACGGAGCAUCUGGCCAAGCUCCACGAGCUGUGGGACAAACUGGAGUCCACCACCCAGGAGAAGGCCCGGCUGCUGUUUGACGCCAACCGCUCCGAGCUGUUCGACCAGAGCCAGGCGGACAUGAAGAAGUGGCUCGGCGAGCUGCAGCAGCAGCUACAGGGCGGAGACGAGGACGUCAGAGACCUGACGAAGGCCAACAUCCUCCUGAAGAAGCACCAGAUGACGGAGAACCAGGUGCGUGACCGGGCGAGGGAGCUGGAGGAGCUCCAGGAGGCGGUCAGCAAACACGGCGGAGGCCGGGAGGACCAGCCGGAGCUGGAGGCCGAGCAACAGGUCCUGCAGAGGGACUUCCAGCAGCUCCUCACGCCGCUGGCGCAGCGCAAGGGCAAGCUGGAGGCCGCCAAGGCCGUCCAUCAGUUCUACAGAGACCUGGCCGACGAGCUGCUCUGGAUCGAGGAGAGGAUGCCCCUGGCAACGUCAGACGAGCACGGGCACAAUCUUCAAACUGUGCAAAUGCUGCAGAAGAAGAACCAGACAUUACAGAGGGAGAUGGAGGGCCACCAGCCUCGCGUGGAUGAAGUGCUCGAGCGGGGACGGAGGAUGGCGGCGGCGGCCAGCGCCGAGGGCAGGCCGGAAGCAGAGCGAAUCACAGUCCAGCUGAAGGAGCUGGAGGAGGCGUGGGACCGCCUGCAGGACGAGAUGGCGAAGCGGCGGGAGAGGCUGAACGGCUCCAACUCGGCCCAGCAGUACUACAACGACGCGGACGAGGCCGAAGCCUGGAUCGGGGAACAGGAGCUUUACAUGAUCGCAGAUGAAAAGGCCAAGGAUGAGCAAAGUGCCAUGCUGACGCUGAAGCGCCACAUGCUCCUGAAGCAGGCGGUGGAUGACUACGCUGACUCCAUUAAGAAGCUGAAUGGCCGUGCCCAGAAGAUGUUUGCAGAGGACCAUCCUGACGGCGACGGCAUCAUCAGGCGACAGGGCCGGGUGGAUAAGCAGUACGCCGGGCUGAGGGAGCUGGCGGAGGACCGCGGCAGGAAGCUGGAUCACGCCUACCACCACUUCCUGCUGAGCCGAGAGGUGGAGGACCUGGAGCACUGGAUCGCAGAGAGAGACGUGGUGGCCUCUUCUCAGGAGAUGGGCCAGGACCUGGAUCACGUCUCGAUUCUGAGGGAUAAGUUCAGAGAAUUCGCGCGGGAGACGGGGAUGGUGGGACAGGAGCGGGUGGACAUGGUCAACCUGACGAUAGACGAGCUGAUCGAAGCCGGUCACGUCGAGGCGGCCGCCAUGGCCGAGUGGAAGGACACCAUCAACGACAGCUGGGCGGAUCUGCUGGAGCUCAUCGACACUCGUGCUCAGCUCCUCACGGCGUCUUAUGAACUGUUGAAGUACUUUGACGACGGGAAGGAGUUGGUGGCUCAGAUCCACGAGAAGCAGAAGGAGCUGCCUGAGGACGUGGGAGAGGACUUCAGCAAAGCCGAGUCCUUCCACAGGAUGCACGCCGCCUUUGAGAGAGACAUCACCGCGCUGGGCAAACAGGUUCAACAGUUCCAGGAGACGGCCGGGAGGCUUCACGCCCAGUAUGCAGGGAACAGGGCGGACGCCAUCCAGGCCACAGAGCGAGAGGUGGUGGAGGCGUGGAAGGGUCUGCUGGACGCCUGCGACGGCCGCAGGGCGCAGCUGGUGGAGACGGCUGAGAAGUUCCGCUUUUUCACCAUGGUGCGAGACCUGAUGGCCUGGAUGGAGAGCACCAUCCAGCAGAUAGAGACUCAGGAGAAACCCCGGGACGUCUCAUCCGUGGAGCUCCUGCAGAAGUACCACCAGGGGAUCCGCUCGGAGAUCGAAGCCAGGGGAGCCAACUUCACCGACUGCAUGGACCUCGGCAAGGCCCUGCUGACACGGAAGCACCGAGACUCUGCAGAGAUCAAAGAGAAGCUGGUGCAGCUGAUGGAGAAACGGAAGGAGAUGAUGUUCAAGUGGGACGACAGAUGGGACUGGCUCCGACUCUUGCUGGAGGUGUGUCAGUUUGCCCGGGACGCCUCGGUGGCGGAGGCCUGGCUGAUCGCUCAGGAGCCGUACGUGACCAGCAGGGACCUGGGCCACACGGUGGACGAGGUGGAGAAGCUCCUCAAGAGGCACGAGGCCUUCGAGAAAUCCACCGCCACGUGGGAGGAGCGCUUCUGCGCCCUGGAGCGCCUCACUACGCUGGAGCUGUUGGAGCUGAGGACGCAGCAGCAGGAGAUGGAGCAGUUCAUUAAAGACGAACAGCGCUCAGAUAAGGACAGCAGGAGAGAAGACACAGGCUUUGUAGAAGAAUCUUCACAGAUCUACACCGUGGAGGAACAAACUCUGUCCGGUUCCGGUGCCGUCGAGCCCAGUUCUCAAGCGCCGGAGGAGACGGCCGAUGACACUACGGUCCCGAUGGUGUCAGAGAUGAGAGAGAGCGGCUCUCUGGAGCUGGAGUCCUCCGUGUCGGUGGUGAUGCCGAAGGAACCGGAGAGGGCUGCCACGAUGCCCGUGGAGCCCCUGAGAGGCCAGGCCGUGCUGCAGGAGGGCCUGCUGGGCCGCAAACAGGACGUCGAGGGCUCCGGGAAGAAAGCUUCCAACAGGUCAUGGAACAACUUGUACUGUGUGCUGAAGCCUGGUCACCUCUCAAGCUAUAAGGACGCCAAAAGCUUCGGGCACGGAGUGACGUAUCACGGCGAGGACCCCCUGUCCCUCAGCAACGCCACCUGGGAGAUCCUCGGCAACUACAAGAAGAAGAAGCACGUCGCCAAACUACAUCUUGGUGAUGGCAGUGAAUAUCUGUUCCAGUGUAAAGACGAGGAGGAGCUCCAGCGCUGGAGCCAGGCCAUGGAGAAGGCCAUUCAGCCCCUGGCAGCAGAGGAGGCGUCAGGGCCCUCGGGGGCCAAAGCCCACAGCCUGCCCCAUCCCUCCUCCUCCGCUGCCCUCCCUGAGCCCGGCUCUGCCAAGAAAGACAAGGAGAAGAAGUUCAGGCACUUUGCCAAGAAGAAGUGAGACGGAGAUUGGAGGGGAGGGAGGGGGAGGGAGGUGGGGUUGGUUGCCGAGGCAACCUGGAAAGAGAAAGUAGUAUUCGUGUACAAUCAGUCAGAGCAAGCUUUUUGUCACUAGACUUUUUUAAAAUAUUAUUUUGCGAGCAUAUUGUAGCUGAGUUUGAAGGCGUCACUCUUUUUGCCUGUAUUUAAAUAUCCACUUUUUUUCUCCUUUGUGUUCUUUAUAACAAAUACCAAAUUCAAAGCAUUAAAUUAAAGCACAGGAACGCUCCUUCCACACUCAACCAAAGAACGUUUGUAAAACUUUUGUUGUGUUACUUCUGCUGCAGGUUCUCUUUGGUUCUUGUUUCAGCGAGGCAUGCUCUGAUCCAGCCGUGUACGAUACGAAGGCCUGUAAUGAACGCAGGGUGACCCGAGUACCGGAGCGUACUUUAAUUAAUCUGCCUUAUAAAAUGGUUGUGAACUGUAAUACUGUGCUGUUUGAAUUUGGAGCGCUGAACGCUACUCAUAGAAUCAGAGGGAAGUUAGCGGGCUUUUGUAAAAGCGGUGUAAAGACUUGGUGAUGAGCAAACUGUGGUGCUGCACAGUGCACACACACACACACACACACACACCGAGUGUUAUUGCACGUAUGCAAACUAAACGCUCUAUGCACUGUGAAGGGUUUGACUGUUGAGAUUUCAGGAUGACAACAUACGAGCAGUCACGUGACACCACAAGCUGUUAGUCUUGAAUAUAGAUGAUAUUCUGAACUAAACCUGUGGCUGUAGUUAUUUCUGUGAACUUGAAAUAUAUUCAACACUCGUGUAUGGAACCCUGAAUUUCAUAUCUAUCCAAUAACAUAUAUACAGUAUCUAUAUAUCUACAGAUGCAUGAGGUAUGUUUUAGUUUGAUAUGGUGCUAUUGUGAUAUUCUAGAACUUUCAAUCAAGACCAACCUGACCCACUGUCUCAGAGAAACAGGUCUUAUUUUGAAAAGUCGGGCUUCAAAAUGAGCAGAAAAGCUGGAACCUGGAUUCAUCUCUUUCCUAAAGUCAAGUCCAGUUUUUCGGCACGGCUUAAAAACACCGGAGCACUGAUCACAUCUCUUCACGAGAAAGAAAUCAGGGGGGGGGGUCGUGGGCGUGUGUAAACCAAAUGGCAAAUAGACUGUGGACACACAUGAGUAAAUGGAAUAUUGGAGAGUGAAAUAUUAACAAACUGCCAUAAACGCAACAGAAGUGAGAAAAAAAAAUGAUUGUGCAUGUGUUGAUAAGAACAACUUGAAAUCAGAGUAAUUUUUGAGGUGGGGGGGGUAAGUUUCCAUAAUUCCCACCAAAGUCCAGGACAAGUUGUGGGUCAUGUGACUCUCGACUGCAACAGGACCAGGCAUUAGCAGCUUGGAGCUGAAGUGUCUUUACUCUGAAUGUAAAGGGAGGAAAUACUAAGGGACGUGAUAAUUGGGUACAUGUAGGAGUAUAAUGCAAUAAAGCCAUAAUAGAAUAACACAUUUAUUCAAUAUAUGCAUACAGGGGAUAUAGAUUAUGUACAGUGUAUGGAACUGCAUUUAUAAAUGUUCAUUUGUUUCUAGGAUAGUCUCUCUCUCUCACACACACACACACACACUUCACCACUGCCGUCUUGCCUUCGACUGUGGGCUCCGUCCCUGAACUAUGAUCUAUCUCAAGCGACCUCAUUAAAAUGAUGGAAGUUGGGUGGAGAGAGAUUAACAAAGGCUGUUCGGCUCGAGAGUUUUCCAGGAAACAUGUAAUGAUCUCUCUCUCUGGCUUAUUUACAUUUUCACCCAGAGGAACAAAAAUAGCUGUUAAAUCCGUCUUCUCGUGGCCGUCACACACACACACACACACACACGGGGAAUACAGAUGUUUCCAUGUGCAGAUGGCCAUUAGAACAAUGCGCCUGUGCUAACAGUGCCGGUAAUUGGAGUUUUUCUGUUUAAAAAAAGGAAAAUGCACCUUUAAAUGGUUUUGGGGGGAACUUGCAUCACAUGUAUUCAGUCUUGUUUUUCUUGGUCACUAUAUCUGGUGGAAUCUCAGACUCUUGACACCUUCUUCUCUGACACCUCCUUCCACUUUCUUUACUCCUCCUCCUCCUCUUCUUCUUCUUCCCUACCUGCCUCUUCUCUUCGGUGGUUUUUAAUCUGCAUUUUGUACUCUCUAGCUAUGUAAAAUACCCAACAACUGUUGACAGGAAAUAUCUAAUAUCUUUAAACCUUUUGAGAGAAUAAAGUUUAAAAUAAACUCCUGAAACUA